AUGGCCGACGCCGCCGUGGAAGAGGCAUUGAAGGCCCAGGAGGCGGUGGCAGAGUCACCGGUAGGCCCGACCUUCGAAGGAGAGAACAAGUUCCAGCAUGCUAUAUCUGUUUGGAGGAACCUCGAUCUCACGAGCCUCACAAACAAGCUUGAUUCUACAGCAUCCGAGAUUGUUGCCUACCAACGAGACACCACCGUCCAGCGAAAAGACUUGGCGCAAAAGACCAAGGACUUCAGGAAGCUCGACGAUGCAUCAAAGCUGACGGAGAUCAAAGGGCUGCUCAAAGCCUACCAAGCCUUCAUCGAUGUCUUGACAAACCACUCCAAGUCGGUCAACUCGUCGUUCCUACAGACCUACACGUCGUUGUCUGAAGCGCCCGAUCCGUACCCACUUCUCGAAGCCUCUGUCGACUCUAUGCUAUUAUCUGAAGAUACCCUACCAAAACUCCAGGAGGAGAACCAGCAUCUGCAGACCAAUCUGUCCAAGGUCACAUCGCAAUUGGAAGAGACAGAGACCAAGUUACAGAGCGAGAGGACAGCGCGCAACGAGCUGGAGGAGAAGCUCGAAGAUCGAGUCAAGGAGGUCGAAUCAUCAUGGGCUGCUGUCAUGGACGAGAAGAAGGACAACUGGGAAGCAAAGGAGAAGAGCUUGGAGGAGAAGGUGGAAAGCCAAGAACGACUGCUGAGCGAGAUCCGAGCCAGCUACGAGGUCAACCAGCGACUGGGAAAGACCGGAGGCGACCAAGACGCACAGUUCAAUCAUGUCUCAAGCGCUGAAGUGGAAAUGCUCCACUCCGACCUCGAGCGAACAAGUACGCGCUUGGCUGAAGUCGAGGCACGAAAUGAGCAAAUGAGAAUUGAGUUGGCCCAAGCGAAAUCAUCCGUCUCGACCCAGAAUGAGACAUCUUUGGAGGAAGAUCCUAGCUACAUGCGAAUGAGGGCCGAGAAUUCAUCGUUUAUCAGAAAACUUGAUGCCGCGAGGGUUGAGAAGGAGGCGCUGAAGCGAGACCUUGAUGCCAAGGUACGGUCCAUCGAAAGGGAGGUUACCUUGCUGAAAGAGGAAAAGGAAAGCUUGAAGGCCAAGGUUGAAAAAUGGACGGAUUAUGACGAACUGAAACAAGAACUUGAAAUCCUCAAGAGCAUCGAGUUUGCUACGGGAGACGACGAUGACGUGCGCGAGCAGGUCCAGGAUGGUGACGCUUCUAAUAAUGAGUCGCUUGAGAGGCUUCUCUUGGGCAGGAACAAAAAGCUUAGUGACGAGCUGACUCUUCUACGGGUCUCAAGCCAAGGCCUCCAGGCGCAACUGGAAGAGAUCCAGGAGGAACUCUCGAGAACCAAUGCGGAGUUGGAGAAGUCUCAGAAUCUCAACCAGAAACUGGAAAACGACCUCGAGACUCUUCAGUCAGAAGGGGUCAACGCCUUCCCCUCUGGCGCUUCUGUUGCGGGAACCUACGUCACAAGAGGCCCGCCACCCACUCGACGUGGUGGCCGAGUAUCCCCGACAUCCUCCAUUAUCAGUGGAUUGGAUCCUAGGUCGGGUAUGUCUGAGCGUGAGCCCAUGGGUGGUGGCUCUGGCAUUCUCCCCAUGGUCGCCGCACAGCGCGACCGCUUCAAGAAGAAGAAUGCCGAACUCGAGCAGGAGCUCUCUGACACCCACCGGACUGUGUCACAGCUUAGACAGGAGGUAGCGGCACUACAAAAGGACAACCUCAACCUGUACGAGAAGACGCGGUACGUGUCGACAUACAACCGGGGAGGUGCUUCCACGGCAACGUCAGCCUUCACCUCAAACCCGAACCCCUCCACGGUAGCGAUUGGGGGAACAGGGAACCCGGGCAUCGAGUUGGACCGAUACCGCAAAGCCUACGAGUCAAACAUCUCGCCCUUCGCUGCGUUCCGCGGCCGCGAGUCGGCGAGGGCCUACCAACGCAUGAGUCUUCCGGAGAGGAUAGUCUACAGCAUCACAAGAAUGGUUCUCGCCUCUCGGACGAGCAGGAACCUCUUCGCAGCAUACUGCCUGGCUCUCCACCUUCUCAUUUUCCUGUCCCUCUACUGGCUGGGCACAUCUGACUUUGAGAAACACGCCAGCCAGCUAGGCACGACGGUUGUUGCUGCAGGAGCGGGAUCGAAGGGCAAUUCACAGAAUGCACCCGCAGGUCACGGAGAAUGGAAGCCGGAUGGAUUCCAGGAGCACAAGGGAUAG